CAAAAACACGACAUCCAUGGAUCCCAGGCGUCUGUUACGACAUCAAAACCUGGUGAUUCGCCCUACACGGGCGAGACCCGUACGCACAGCCCGCAGAAGGGCCAUUCAGGGCCGUCGCAAAGCGCGCAGGGCGAAGACGAUGGAAUCGAUUUUUCACAAUGACAGCAAACAAUUAGAUGUUAUCAGCUCGAACCGCACUCCACGUGCUGGAGGGGAAACCCGCUCUAUCGGGCGAGAUCAUUUUGUGGAGGAGACCCGCUUAACGCCGGCCGAGGGAGGCAAGACUGAUGACAUCUGGACAACCUCGACCGUCGACCUUGUGCCUUGCUGCUUGUCCGGGCGGCCGGGAUGAGUCCAAGUCGCCUUGGACCAUGUGGACCUCGAUCCAUCUGACUCGCGCCUUCGGCGUCGUCUUUUAAAACCCAGCAGUGGCAGACGCGUUGUGCACUUUGUCUCGGCGAGUCCUCUUCAGUGCUCUCUGGCUUCUUUCUUCCUCCCGCCAUCCUCCUCCCGAUCUUGUGCCAGGCCGUCCUCACCUCGUCCACUGUCCAUCCUAUCCCCUCCUCGAAGCGCGCACACAGCCACACGCCCCCCCGGCGCCAUGAUGGACGACAUCUCCAGCUCGGCCAGCCAUGGUCAGAGUAAGAACAAGAACGGCCCGGACGCUGAGCAGGUCCAGGAUCGCAACCCUUGGCCGGUCCAUGAGAGCAGCAUGCUUGGGGAGACGAGCGACGAGAUGAACGACCGCCAGCUAAAGCAGAUCGCCGCCCAGGGCAGCGCUCACUUCCACCGCCUGGGAUGGAAGCGCCUGGCCAUCGUCACUAUCGUCGAGGCCGUGGCGCUCGGCGCCCUCAGCUUGCCUUCGGCCUACCACACCCUCGGCAUGUUCCCCGGUGUCUUCCUGACCAUCACUGUCGGGCUGGUUUCCAUCUUCACAAGCUACCUCGUCGGCCAGGUCAAGCUGGCCUUCCCGCACGUCGCCAACUACGCAGAGGCCGGACGCCUCCUGUUCGGCCGCUACGGACGCGUCGGUUACGAGCUCUUCGGAGCUGCCCUCGUCCUCGAGCUGGUCAUGGUCGUGGGGUCCCACGCCCUAACCGGGAGCAUCGCGCUCGUCGACAUCAAUGGCGGACACGUGUGCUCCAUUGUCUUCUCCGCGGUCUCGGCCAUCAUCCUCCUCAUCCUCGCCAUCCCGCCCUCCUUUACCGAGGUGGCCAUCCUCGGUUAUAUCGACUUCGUCUCCAUCCUGGCCGCCAUCGGCAUCACCAUCAUCGCCACGGGUAUCAACGCCAACAAGUCCGAAGGUGGCCUUUCUGGUGUCGGGUGGUCUGCCUGGCCCAGAGAGGGCGUCACAUUCUCCGAGGCUUUCGUGGCCGUUAGCAACAUCAUCUUUGCAUUCAGUUUUGCCAUCGGCCAGUUCUCGUUCAUGGACGAGAUGCAUACGCCUACCGACUAUAUGAAAUCUAUCUGGGCGUCCGGGUUCAUCCAGAUCUGCAUCUACACAAUCACCGGCGCUCUCUGCUACGCCUUCGUCGGGCCAUCAGUGCAGUCCCCAGCCCUCUUGUCUGCCGGGCCGCUGAUCUCAAAGAUCGCAUUUGGAGUUGCCAUCCCAGUGAUUUUCAUUUCUGGUUCAAUCAAUUCGACCGUGGCUCUUCGGUAUAUUCACGGCCGCAUGUACAAGAACUCGCACCUGAAAUAUAUCAACACGCCUAUGGGCUGGGCAAGCUGGAUCGUCCUUGUUAUCAUCUUUACCCUGGUUGCUUGGGUUAUUGCCGAGGCGAUCCCCAUCUUUUCUGACCUCCUAUCACUGGCAUCUGCUCUCUUCGUGUCCGGCUUCUCGUUCUAUCUCCCUGCGAUCAUGUGGUUCGCCCUGCUGUGCAAGGGCAAGUGGUACUCCAAGGAGAACAUACUCAUCAGCCUUGGAAGUAUCCUCGCGUUUGUCAUUGGUGCCGUGACCUUGGUUGCUGGCACUUACUCGACUAUUGUCGACAUCAUCGACGAGACGACCUCUGGGGGUGCUCACAAGCCAUUUGCCUGCAGGUCAUCCUAAUAGUCGAGACCUGAUAUUGCUGCAUAGAUUUUAAUAUUAAUUUCUCCCGUCAAUUUCUGCAAAAGGUUUCUUGUGGAGGGCCCAUCGUAGUCAACCCAAGAAAUUUGUGACAUUGGAUACCAGAUUUAUUUCGACGAGCUGGAUAGGCAAUAAACGGUAACGCAUUUGUCGCCUAAGUCUUGAUAAAACAAUUUGCCACUGAGUUUGUAGCACCCCCGUGUACCGUCGAUUUACAAUAUAAGGUGUAAUAGUAAAUUUCAAAGUCGGCACCAGCUUCAUAGCAUCUCGAUGGCCUGACACCGCAUGUAAAUACAAGUAGAAUGAGACAGUUAGCCUUAUUAAAC